UGUCUUAGUGUCUUGGUUGUAGUGAAAACCUCUGCAACCCUUCUGAGUCCAGAGAGCCUCAAAAAGCCAUGUGGGAGCCAGCGAAAAUCCUGCUGUUUGCGCUCGUAACCUUCUCUGUGGCAGCUUUUCAUGAGGCUGGAGAUUUUGCUGGUGACACUGCCAAGGAAAUGCAGAGCUUGUCCUUGGAAGAAACCUUGACAAGUGUGGUCGCACGAGCUACUGCAGCAAAGCGGCGCAGCAAGGCUGAAAUCGAGCAAAUGAAGUCUGCUUGUGUGAAGAACUUUGAGACGGUGGAUGCUGACCGUGAUGACCGGCUUUCGUUGGGAGAAUUCCAGCGACUACUGAAGAUGAUGGGAGAGAAGCAUGGCUUUUGAUGGCCUGCGAGACUGUGCUAAUGCUAGUGCUACGAAGCAUCAUUCCUGCACGCCAUGGUUGCAUGUGGAAAGAGACCUGAUGCAGCGAUGAAGUUGUGAAUGAGACCUUUCA